AUGCCUCUCGAGACAAUCUACGUCGUUCGCCAUGGGUUCCGGUCUAGUUGGUCCGUCGACCACACCACAGGAGUGUACUCAGCUUCGAUCCCAUCACCAACAGGAAUCCCUGUGGACCCGGCCCUCACCGCCCACGGCGUCGAGCAGUCGUGGGAGCUCGGCCAGCACCUCAUGACAGUCGACCCCCCCGUAGAGGCCGUGUACUCGAGCCCCUACUACCGGUGUCUGCAGACCAUCACGCCCUUUGUUGAACUUCAGCAGAAACGGUACUCCAAGGGACGCAAUGGCAGCAGCGACGGCAGCAGUCCUGCAUGUACCGUGAUCCGGCCCGAGUAUGGGCUCUGCGAGUGGUUUGGCUCUGCGCCGUUUGAGCAUCCCGGCCCAGCCUCACCGUCGGUGCUGAAAUCCUUGUUCCCUGCCUUUGACGAGAGCUACGUGUCGGCUCAGCAUCCUCCCAGCAGGGGCGAGACGCUGGCUCAGCUGCAAGCCAGGCUUACGGCCACGAUGCAGAGUAUCAUUGAUCGCUGCGACGCUGAAGAUAGGCGAGCCGUCGUACUGUGCACUCACGCCGCCGUCGUCAUCAUGUUGGGCCGUAUCCUGACGGGAGUCUUCCCUGAAACGGUGGACGCGGAUGAUUUUCGUGCCUUUACCUGCGGGCUGAGUGUCUAUCGCCGGAGACUUAUCAGUCGAGAUGAACAAGGAUCGCAAGGAGAGGGAGAUUUGCCUGAGAAGAAGCCCAACCCCCGUACUGUCGUUGGAGCUUGGUCAUGUGAAGCCAACAGCGACUGCAGUUUCCUAACCUGUGGCGAAGAACGAGGCUGGAAAUUCUCGGGAGACGAAGAGUUCCCAGACACGGGGUCCAUGGGCCAAGACGCAUCAGAGUCCAAGCUGUAG